UAAGACACUAGAACAAAAUGAGUUUUGUAAGUGUUGUAAUGUUCAUUUUCACAGAUUGGUUAGACUCUACACUUUGCCCUUAACACGGGUUGAAGCCAAAGUUCCCCAAGAGUGAGGGAGAGAAAGAGAGACUCAGAGCGACAGAGUAAGGGAGGAGGGAAUGACGGAAAAUACAAGCUGGGGGGAAAAAAAAUCACAUUUCAAAGCAAAAGAGCAACAGGUGUCUAGACAUAAUACAGGAGCACAAAUAGAGGAACACUAGAAAAUAUCAAUAAGAAAAAAAUGAAAUCUUCACCUAAAUAAGCUCCUUAUCUAGAGGAGAGACCACUGAGCUCCUAUCCUGAAAGAACAGGUGCCUUCUUCCAAGAUCUUUGACCAAGUCAGGAACAACGGCUGCUGAGACACCAGAAAACGUGAGAUGGAUGGAGGAGAUGGCAGGAGAGCCGGAGGAGAACGAAGUAGCCGACUGUCUGCAUUGCAAGAGCAGCUGGUCUGGUCUCUACUGGGCUCAGGGUUAUCGAAGGAGUUGCUAAUCCAGGCCAUGGGAGAUCUGGAGAGAGAGCGGGCUUCAGCCGGUGUGGAGAGGGCAGACCGGGCAGAUGGAGAGAGCUCGGAGGACGGAGAGAUGGACACUCCACCUCCCAUUUUCCGUGAGCUGGAGAUGCUGCCACCGGAGGAGGCCGCGAGACAGAGAGCUCAAGUUGAACAUCUGUUGCAAGAAGAUUCUUGGCAUGUAGCUAAAAUGGUGAAGAGCUACAUGCAGCAGCACAAUCUACCACAGAGAGAGGUGGUAGAGUCCACCGGUCUCAACCAAUCACAUCUCUCCCAACACCUCAACAAGGGCACGCCCAUGAAGAAUCAAAAACGUGCCACAUUGUAUAGCUGGUACGUCAAGAAACAGGCAGAGAUUAGCCAGCAAUUCACCAAUGCCAGUCGAGGCGUUAUGUCAGGAGAGGAAUCUGGGGAGGAUGGCCGAAAGGGACGGAGGAAUCGAUUCAAAUGGGGUCCUGCCUCCCAGCAAAUCCUCUUCCAGGCUUAUGAACGACAGAAGAACCCUAGUAAAGAUGAGAGGGAGGGAUUGGUGGAGGAGUGUAACAGAGCAGAGUGUCUACAAAGGGGAGUGUCUCCUUCUCAGCUAGCUGGUCUGGGAUCUAAUCUGGUGACUGAGGUACGUGUAUAUAACUGGUUCGCCAAUAGGCGCAAGGAGGAGGCAUUUCGCCACAAACUGGCACUGGAUGUCCCUUACAGCAGCCAAUCAGCACCCUCCACAGGCCAGACUCUACCAUCCAGUCCUUCACCAGGUCUAAAAUACAGUCAUUCAGUUGUGUGUGAGAAUUUGGGCACAAUAAGAAGCUCAAGUGGUGAAGAUAGGGGUGGCGGCAGUCAUCUGGGAGCCAGUCCUGGCCAGCUAGAACCCAGCCAUACACUCUUGGACACACAUCACCACAGACCAACAUCAGGAGGUGGUUCCUUACCUCCUGUUAGUACUCUCACUUCUUUGCAUGGAAUGUCAGGAUCCUCGGCUCCCCCUCCAGGAUUGAUUAUGGCCUCGCUACCAAGUGUAAUGAGUCUUGGGGACUCCUCACUUCUCAUAGGUUUGACAUCCUCUCAACCACAGACUGUGAUCAACAAUGUAGGGGGCGGGUUUACCACCCUCCAACCAAUCUCAUUCCAGCAGCAGCUUCAUUCCACAUCCCAGCAGCCAAUGACAAAUCAGCUUCAUAAUCACAUUGGCUCUAGCUCAUUCAUGGCAACAAUGGCCCAGUUUCCAUGCCACACAUACAGCAAGGCAGACCUGACCUGUUACCCCUCUAGUCUCCUGUCUCAGGCUAUGGUCAUCGCAGACAGCAACAGCAUUGGGACACUGACCAACCUAACAGCUGUUCGACAGAUUCUCACCUCAGAUCCUGAGGGUCACACAGACACUCCCAUUGAUGAGGAGUCUUUACAACUGCAAUCAACUUCACCAGAGCCAGUGUCUCCAGGCAGCUUGGAGCUCUACACACAGACCCAGACGAGCGAGACCCAUCCUUCUCACCUGCUCUCUUCACCAGGGGACAUAGACCCUUACAUCCCUACACAGAUGGUCUCCACUGCACAAUAGCUCCAGAAGAGAAUCCCACCUCCAAACAUUGAGAUUUCUUCAGCAGAAAGGAACACUACUAAUCCAUUUGAGAAAAUGAGAAAUGAUUUUUGUUUUACGCAUUGGGGAGAGAAACUGAUGACAUUUCAAAUAAAAUUUAAAACUGCCAUGUCGCUAGUUGCUGCCUACCUAUUCUCAAAGAUUUUAGAUGUUUGUGAAAACAUAUGUGAAUUACACUCCUGACAAGGAUAAUUUAGUCUUGUUUAAUCCAGAAUAAUAUACUAGAUUCUUGUGUGAACAAGAUUUAGCGGUCAGAAUUUCACUGUAAUCAAUGUAGAGGACUGGGCAUAUAAAUGUAACUGAAUGUGCUACAUGUUUUUGUCUUGUCAGUUCGGUAG